AUGAGCAGGAGUAGCAGUAGCAUAGUGGUGGCAGUAGUGGAAAUAAUAGCAGCGAGUUCCAAGUCAAGUAGGGGCGUCAAGGCCGGUGGCGGCUCAGCGAAGGAGAUCGAGGAAGCGGAUCUCCUCUUUGUGCCGGACGACGAUCAGGAGUGGCAGCGACCUCGGCGCCCUCCUCCUGGCGACCACUUCGGGCCGUCGAAGCAACUGACCGGGCCCAUAUUGCCUGUGUCGCCCGCCAGCGCGAAGCCGGAAGCGCAACAUGAGGAGGAGGAGUGGAUGGAACGGAAGAGGGUCACUGGAGUCAUUGGCCGACUGGUGCAGUACCAGAUGGGGGAGAUUCCUUCCAAGGACGUUCUGGGCUUGCAUCGGACAUGUCAAGGGCGCCUGAUGGUGACGGCAGUUCGCGGGGACGGGCCAGCCGCCCGUGCCGGUGUCGUCGCCGGAGACCAGCUGAUUUCCAUCAACGGCGAGAAGAUCUGGGAGUACUAUCCUGCGAAGGCAGUGCUCAGUGGUGUUCGAGGGCCUGCCACACUCAUCUUCCUGGGCUUCUCCGGGAAGCUUCAGGCCGAAGUGAGGGUGAAACAGCCCGACGAACCACGCUUGGGACUUCCUGCGCAGGUAAGUGUGUCUACCAAGGUGCUGCAGAAGUCUAAGCGUGAAGAAGAUCGAAGAAGACGCUGGGUCGAAGCCCAGAAGCCGGCGAACCCGCCGUCCCUGCGUUUGCUGGAUCCGGUGGUCUUCGAGCAGCGCUGCAGUAGCUCCCUGCUCAUCGCCACGGAGGCUGAGGGCGAACAGGACGUGCAGCCGGCACCGCCUCCUCCGCAGCUCGGUGUCUACGAGCUUCACCAGCAAGAUGCUCGGGAGAUCCUCUACCAAGCCUUGAGGGCUCAGCCGCUGAGUAUGCCCAGUGAAGCGACGGUGUCACAGCACCGGGUGAGUUCUCGCCAGUCCGACGUGGUGAAUUUCUAA